UGAUUAUAUAUAUUUUAAUAAAGCAAUAGGGCUGAGGAAAAUAUGCAAUUUAGUACUUAAGAUCUAUUUAUUCAGCCAUAAAGAUGUAAACAAAAACAGCAAAUGCUACUCUCUACAAUAGCAACAAAAGUUAUAAAGCAUUUUUUUAAAAAGUGCCAAUCUCUAAAAAAAGCAUGUUGCUUGAGGACAACAGAUCUGCCUAUUCUCGAUUUGACUUUCAACAGUGCUUGCAACAAUGUACAAAAGGAGUUGAAGAAUCUUCUUGAUCUUGUAAAACAGCUACGCCCAAUUCAUGUGAUGUAGCAGAACAGUAUUUGUUUGAUCCUAUUUAUUAUUACGAUUACAUUCCUAACAAAGUAUGUCAUAUCACAGUAGUAUGUGCGUUAUAAUGUUUUUAAUCACCUUCAGCUGGUAAUUUACAUCCAUUACGAUACCAUUGUUUUGAUCAAUAGUUUUAACUAUGGUUGUUUUACCUAAACUGUGGUAUUUAAUUAAUACGGUAGCUCUUGUGUGUCUCCAUUGGUAUUGUCUUUUAUGGUAAAAUAUUCAAGAGCCCUCCUUUUCAUUGAAGCGACCUACUUGAUAUUCAAAUUACAGGUCUUUACGAUUGGAUGGCUGUCCAUCAACGUCAGCACGUUUGAAUUACUAUUCAGAAGCCAUGCCUUCGAAAAGAGAAAUAUGAUACUGAGCAACGUCAGCACUUCAUUAUUAUUCAUGACGUAAGCCCCAAGUCAGUUUGUGUGCAGGUGAACUCUGGAUUCUCGCCACCAAACAACAGAAAUGCCUAGACAGGAUCUAAAAUAAAGGGGAAUUUGCCUGUUUGGACUGGCAGAAACCAUAAAACACAGUUCGUCACGCGAAAUAAUAAUCGGAAAUGGACGAAAACCAACUACAUUAUCGAACUGUUUCAAAGUAACCGACUCACCUGGAACUGCCGAGGCUACAGAAAUAUCAAGCACCCCAGAAAAGAUGGCAGACGACCGAGUGGCCAUCUUAACAGAAGAUGAGGAGGAGCUGAAGAGGAAACACCUUGAGCGCUUUGACCGCCUGUCACUUGAGAUUCAGUCACCAUCUCAACCACCUGAAAAUGAUGUACCAAAUGAUACAGCGCCAACUCCAUCCCCUCAACACGAAUUGAGCUGCUGUGAACGGUUGUUCUUACGCGUCAACCGCCACCUUCUUGUGUCAAAAGUGUUUUAUUUGUUCUUUUAUGCCGCCUAUGGUUCCCUUCAUCCCCUUCUUGCUCUCUACUACAAGCAGCUGGGGAUGAAUCCAACUCAAAGUGGUCUCCUAGUGGGAAUCCGAUAUUUCAUAGAGUUCUGCAGUGCCCCUUUUUGGGGCAUUGUCGCAGAUCGAUAUAGGAAAGGAAAAGCAGUCUUGCUGUUCUCAAUGUUGUGCUGGAUCCUUUUCAAUGCUGGGAUUGGCAUUGUGAAGCCCCCAAUUAUGGCAUGUAAAGAGGAGACCAUCCCGACAACGACCAAGGUACCAACUGUCCACCCUACCCCUUCUAAUGAAACAUUCUUCCCCAACACUAGUUCAACUAGUCAAAUGAGACGGCGCAGGGAUCUAAUUGGACAAUACCCUUGGCGAACCAUCCUUUCCUCCGGUCAAUCUUCAGGCUACAUCUCUGAACAUCGAAUCAAACGAGAUUCAAACUUGAGUUUUACCCCGGCACCUGAAGAACUGGCUAACACCACACAAACUAACCAAACCAGUACAACCACACAACCCAAGCCAAGCACGUCCAUCUCAACAUCAACCCCCAGCAGCACAAACACAACAUCUAGCAGCACUACCAAGAGUACCACAACCAACCCAAACUUGCCACCCCCUGAGUAUAACAUGGACCAGGUUAACGCCAUUUUUCUCCUGAUUCUGCUCGUCAUCAUCAUUGGCGAGUUUUUCAGUGCUCCAGCUAUUACAAUUGUAGAUACGGUGACACUACACUACCUGGGUCCACACCGUGACAGAUAUGGACUGCAACGUAUGUGGGGAUCUCUAGGCUGGGGUCUUGCCAUGCUCUGCAUUGGCAUCUGGAUUGACCACACCAGCACCAACCUCAUCAUUGGCAACAUGGAGUGCAUCAUGAAAAAUUACAAGAACUAUCACAUUGCCUUCAUUGUGUUUGGCGUGUUAAUGGUAAUCGCUCUGAUCGUGGCAACUCAAUUUAAGUUUGAUGUUCAGCACCAUGAUACAAAUGAAGGACAAGAGGUUGGUAAUCAACAGGAAAAUGUCCAACCUAGAGGUUCUCCUGGAACGAGGAGCACGGACACCCCAACAAUUGUCCAAGCCGAGGAAUUUCACUUCUGGGACUUGAUGCGACUGCUGUGCGGCGUACAGUACAGCACAGUGUUAUUCGUGGCCUGGUUCAUGGGCUUUGGCUAUGGAUUUGUUUUUACUUUUCUUUACUGGCAUUUACAGGACCUGACAGGAACCACAACACUAUUUGGUAUUUGCUCUGUCCUCAGUCAUGUGUCAGAACUUGCUGCCUAUUUCACCAGCCACAAAUUCAUCGAACUAGUAGGACACAUCAGAGUAUUGUACAUCGGCCUGGCCUGUAACACAGCACGUUACCUCUAUAUUUCGUAUCUGGAGAACGCCUGGACUGUCCUGCCCAUGGAAGUACUUCAAGGAAUAACACAUGCGUCAGUCUGGGCAGCUUGUAUCUCAUAUCUGAGCGCGGCUGUACCUCCUCCACUUCGGACAUCGGCUCAGGGUAUCCUGCAGGGGCUCCAUCUGGGCCUGGGCAGAGGCUGCGGAGCGAUGGUCGGCGGGAUAUUUGUUAAUUACUUUGGCGUUGCCGAAACGUUCAGGGGAAUAGGAAUGGCCUCGCUUGUUAUUUUGCUCAUCUUUUCAUUAAUCAUGUACAUCACUGGCCAGAAUGAGAAGAAAGAGGACAAGAUGCUAGCAGAGAACAUACCUAUCCCGUCUAGCCCUGUUCCUAUCGCGACCAUCGACCUGGUUCAGAACACAGCGGACGUGGCGGCACCCGCUCGACCUGAACCCAAACUUCCAGCCCGCAAAACUCAACACCAGCAGGAGCAGGAGGAUCUGAAUAAACCUGCCUGGGUCCCGUCCGGCUCUCCGUGGGUUUCGGUCGCUCUCCUGGUUUACCAGAUCAGAGAGAUGGUGCUCUUGGCAAAAGCACGGCCCACUGUUGAGGUCCAGCCACUUCAGGGCACAGAUGAGGUCCGCUCGGACUCUCAAGAAGACCAAUCACCUCCUGUCUUCAGCGACGCUGUGCAGAAUGAAAACACUCCCAGUGGCCUUCAGGACCACUCCGGUUCACCCACUGCACAGCUGGAUGUCCCAACACGGGAUACACAGCCUCCAUCACAACAUAUCAGCUGACACCAAAAACAAAACUGACCCGGUAACCACCGACUGCAUUUUAUUAAGACUUUUUUUUUUUAAAUCUACGUUGGAAAACACAGGAACGGGUAACUUUUUAAUGGCCUUGUAGGACUUCUAACUUAUUUCCAGUUGUUUUGCACAAAAAAAAUAAGAAUAUUAAUAAAUCCUGGUGG